AUUAUUGUUACCCAACUAAACAACGCAGUGAAAUGGAUGAUAUAAAAAUCAUUCAUGUUUCAACCACAGAAGAACAAAAUGAAUGUUAUAAAAUAAGGACUGAAGUAUUUGUUAAAGAACAAAAUUGUAAUCCAGCAAAUGAAUUAGAUGAAUAUGAUAAUUCUUCUUCAUGCCAUCAUUUUCUAGCUUUAAAAUCAUCUCUUCCCAUUGGCACUGUCCGAAUACAUCCUUAUCUUUCUCCUACUUCUACAACAGGUAAAAUAGGUCGAUUAUCAGUCUUGAAACCAUAUCGCAACACGGGAGUGGGUGAAUUACUUAUCCAAUCUGUAGAAUCAUUUGCAAAAUCCGAGUUAGGGUUUAAGAGAUGUAUAUUGCAUGCUCAAAUUGUUAAAAAAGAAUGGUAUGAAAAAAGAGGAUAUACAGUUUUUAGUGAAAUUAUUUUUAUCGAAGAGGGAAUAGAACAUUGCAAAAUGGGUAAAGAUAUUUAA